AUGUUGCCAUAUCAUGUUAGCAGAGAUGCAGCUCGUGCAUCGGGCUUCCGCUUGCUUAGGUGGUGGAGGGCAGCUCCCAGGUUAAAAAGAAUGGUUACGUCGUUGUGUCUGCUCUCUGUUCUAACGUUUUUGCUUUACUUGUAUCAAGUUCAAUCCUAUAGUUCAGACCAAGAGCAUAGUGUUGAGUUAAUACAAAACAAUAUUCUUCAGGUAAUAGAAGAUAGACAAGAAGUUCUUAACCAACCGGAAGGAAUAGCUGUUCCUAUACGUGAGUUUGCCCCUGUUCAAGAUGUUCCUGUUUUCAAAGGACCUCAGAACAGAAGACAAGAAGCUGUUAGGAAGGCUUUCCAGCAUGCUUGGAACGGUUAUAAGAAAUAUGCUUGGGGUCAUGAUCAGUUGAAGCCUGUAAGUAAAAGUUACAGCGAAUGGUUCGAUACAGGAUUGACCAUAGUUGAUUCCAUAGACACUGCUAUUAUCAUGAAUUUGAAAGAAGAAGUGGAAGAAGCUACCAAUUGGAUAGAACAUGAGCUUUCCUUCGAAAAGGAUAGAUUCGUCAAUUUGUUCGAAACAUCGAUUCGCGUUCUAGGAGGACUCCUAAGUGCUUAUCAUUUAACUGGAAACGAGGUUUUCAAACUAAAAUCUGUGAUGAUUGGAGAUAAAUUACUCAACGGUUUCACACAGUCUAAAACCGCCAUUCCUUUGAGUGAUGUAAAUCUCAAGACAGGGGCUGCCAAAUCACCGGCUUGGUCAAACGAAGCUUCUCUAUCUGAGGUUACAACCCUUCAACUGGAAUUCCGUGAUUUAUCAAGGAUCACUGGCAACAAAACAUACGAAGAAACUGCUUUCAAAACUUCACUUCAUAUUCAUGAAAUCGGAUGUGCGAAAUAUGAAGGGCUAUGUGAAAUGUAUCUUAUACCAACAACUGGAAAGUUCAAGGAAGGAACGACAGUUACUUUUGGAGCAAGGGCAGACAGUUAUUACGAGUAUCUUUAUAAGCAAUGGCUUCAAACAGGAAAAAGUGUUCAUUGGCUACAAGAUGAUUUUGUCGCAGCCAUGAACUCUAUGGAAGAAAAACUGCUGAGAAAAUCAGAGCCAAAUCAAUACUCUUUUGUGGGAGAGCUUUUAGGCGGAAAUACAUAUUCACCCAAAAUGGAUCAUUUGGUAUGCUUCCUGGCUGGUACUUUAGCAGAUUCUACCAGGAACGGUCUUCCUGAAAAAUUUCUCGAGAUUGCUAAAGGGCUAGGUAGAGCUUGUUACGCUAUGUAUGAGAACCCGACUGGGUUGGGUCCUGAAAUAGCUUAUUACAAUAUGGAUAAAGGACAGUCAAGUGAUUUAUCAAUUAAACCUUUGGAUGCUCAUUGUUUGUUGCGCCCUGAGGCUGUUGAAGCAUGGUUCUAUCUCUAUCGCACAACUGGAGAUAAAAUGUACCAAGAAUGGGGUUGGAAUGCCUUCCAAGCGAUAGAGAAGUAUGCUAAACUGCCUAAUGGAUAUUCUUCGGUGAACAGUGUCAAGAAGAUACCAGUAACCUACAGAGAUUUGAUGGAGUCUUUCUUCCCCGCUGAAACUCUCAAAUAUUUAUAUCUUUUGUUUGCUGAUGAGCAAUCCGAUAUACCUUUAGAUAAAUGGGUGUUCAACACAGAGGCUCACCCACUGCCUAUUUAUUCCUAUUAG